AUGGCAACUCAUGAGCAAUGAUGCAUUGGAAACAAAAGGCGUGGUAGUGUUGGAGGGGAGACAGAAAUCCUGAAGCUGAAAAGGAAACUGCAUUCCACCAGCAAAGAUCAAAACGGCAGCUCCUUUGACUGAGAAGGAAAAAACAGCUUCUUCCAUGGAAUCUGCUACAAACCCUUCUGAACUAUAUUACGACUCUUAUUAUGAUGAAUCUAAUGCUACUGUGGACUAUGCCUUACAUGAAAUGCUUUGCCUCAAAGAAGAAGUGAGAACAUUCAACAAGUCUUUUCUACCAGCCUUUUAUUCCAUUGCUUUUCUUAUUGGACUUCCUGGGAAUUCGCUUGUGAUUGCAAUCUAUGCCUACAUCAAGAAGCUAAAGACCAGGACUGACGUAUACAUCAUGCAUUUGGCAAUUGCUGAUUUAUUACUGCUUUUUACUCUUCCAUUUUGGGCUACGAAUGCUGUACAUGGAUGGGUGUUUAGUAACCCAUUAUGCAAAAUCACCACUGCCAUCUACACCAUGACCUUCAGUGUCAGCAUGCAGUUUCUGGCCUGGAUCAGUGUGGAUAGGUACAAUGCCAUUGUCAAAUCCCCAAGUCAACAAAGAACCACAAAACUAUGCAGUAAAAUCUGUUUCUUUGUCUGGAUGGCGGGUACAUUUCUUUGCCUUCCUGAUCUCAUUUUCAACCAAGUCAAGGAGUUUCAUGGCAAGAUUGCAUGUGUUUCUACAUUUCCAGAGAGUCUGAGCAAAAUAAUUAAAGUAACAAUUGAAGUUGGAGAAAUGGCCUUAUGUUUUGUGUUGCCUUUCUUCAUCAUGCUGACCUGCUAUUCAGCUGUGGCCAGGGCUCUCUUCAAGAGUCCCAGUGUUAAAAAGACCCAGCCUCUGAAAGUUCUUGCAGCAGUUGUUUCUGUCUUUAUUGUCACCCAGCUGCCCUACAAUGUGAUCAAACUUUGGAGAGCCAUAGACAUUAUCUAUCCCCUGAUCACAAACUGCAAAGCAAGCAAAGCCAUGGAUGUUGCAUUCGAAGUAACAAACAGCAUUGCUUUGUUUCAUAGUUGCCUGAACCCGCUCUUGUAUUUUUUUAUGGGAGCAUCCCUCAAAAUGCAUAUGGUGAAACUGGCAAAACGUUAUGGCUAUUGGAGAAGACAACAGAACAUACCACCUGAAGAGAUUCCCAUGGACUAUGAAGAGUCAGCAGAACAAACAAGCAGUCUUAUUAUUUAGGAAAUGGCCAGCCUGUUGCUGGACAUCUCAAUAUCUUUGACCACUAGCCAUGUUGAUCAGGACUGAUGGGAUCUGAAGUUUUGCAACAUCUGAAAUUUACCAACAACAGGGUCUUCAACCAUUUUGGAAAACGCAGAGAUAGAUUACUGUUAAACUCAGUCUGUUUUGGCUACUCAUUGCAUAAUUAUUUGGGAAUAAUUCCUCUGUUGUUGUUAACCGCCAUUAAUUUAUGGUGACCCUGUGAAUGGCAGUCUUCCA